AGGAGGCGGAGAUCGGCCACGAUUUGGCGAAUUGGACUCACCAAAUUCAACCAUAAGCUUACCACUUCCCUUUGCUUUCUCCACCACGCCAAAACUCUCCUCCAUUCUCUUCUUCUCCUUCCCCUUCUCCAGCAAUUGCCGGCCGCCGCGGCUACUCUACUGCCCAGUUCUUGUGCAGCCAAAGCGGCCCGGAGAAGAUCUGACCUUGAUUGCCACAGGUAGUCGAUUCGGAGCGGUGAUCGCCGGCGCCGGAGCUCGGAGGGGCAGCGUGUAUGUGACGUCUGCCCUGCCCUUGCAGAUUGCAGGCCAUGUCAUGUGCCCGCCACGACAUGGAUCCACCAACAAGGGACGCUUUGUCUGAGGCUACAGAUGGUAAUCACAGUGAUCACAACGUGUCCGAUGCAGAGCAUUCUGGAUAUAAUGGGAUCGGGGAUGCCAAAAAGCGUAGAAGCAGCAGCAAUCUGUCCACAGAUGACAAUUACUCUAGUGCUUCGCCGAGCAAACAUGAAGAUAUGAGUCGUGAUGCCCUUUCUAUUGAUGAUCACUCGGUUAAGUCUGGUGAUGAUUCCGAUGGGGCUGAGAGUACCAAUGGCAAAAAUGGGACUAUGGACUCAUCAUGUGUUGAGAAUGAUAGCAUCUGGAUACCACCUGAAGCUGCAGACAAGGACGACGAAGCUGAAAGCGUUUCCACAAACAUAGCUUAUGAUGACGACGACGAUGAUUAUGGUGAUGGAAUCAAGUGGGGCCAGUCAAGUUUCCCAGCAACUAAUGAGGAGGAGGAGGCCAGCACCAAUCCUAGGGACGAGCGAGAAAACGCGAUGCUAGAUGCCAUGAAUGGGCAGCUAAAGAUACUUGUGAGUCGGUUUCUGGCAUCUGCUGGUAUCUCCUUUUCCAAAGGAGAGAGUGGUGAGAGUUGGCUUGAUAUCCUUACCUCCCUGUCGUGGGAAGCUGCACUACUGAUCAAACCAGAUGCUAGCGAGGGAAAGGAAAUGGACCCUGGAUCUUACAUCAAGGUCAAAUGUAUAGCAUCUGGUACACGUCGGCAAAGCGAGGUGAUCAAAGGGUUAGUCUUCAAGAAGAACGCUGCUCACAAGCACAUGCCGACCAGUUGCCACAAUCCUAGGCUGCUGCUUCUCAAAGGUGUCCUUGGGCAUUCUGAUGUUGGUUUGUCAUCGUUUAAUUCAAUGGAUCAGGAAAAAGACCAUUUGGAGAGGGCUAUUAGUAAAAUGAUGGAAAUAUGUAGUCCUAAUGUUAUUCUGGUUGAGAAAACUGUUUCACGGGAUAUACAAGAACUUCUUCUGAAAGAAGGUGUUACUCUAAUUCUCGAUAUGAAGCUCAACCGGUUGAAAAGAAUUGCACGCUGUACAGGUUCUCCCAUAAUCUCAUUCUCAGAAGUCUUGGAUAGACCAAAGCUGAAACGGUGUGACUCCUUCCACAUAGAAAAGUUCAUUGAGGAUCAUAACAAUGUCAGUGAUGGUGGAAAAAGGCUAUCAAAAACAUUAAUGUUCUUGGAAGGCUUCCCCAGACCUUUGGGUUGCACGAUAUUGCUACGAGGUGCAAAUAGUGAAGAACUGAAGAAAAUCAAGCAAGUCAUGCACUACACAGUAUUUGCAGCUUACCAUUUGAUUCUUGAAACAUCAUUCUUUGAAGAUCAGAGGAUAUUUUUGAAUGAUCAAAAUGCUUCAAGAGAGAACUCUGUUACUGCCAUGGCAGGGCCCUCAGCAAAUGGUUACGACCCAUCUGUUCUUGGUGCCUCUGACUUUCCUUCACGCGAUGACUCUCCAGCACUUAGAAUGUACAGCACUACUUCUAAUGGCUAUGUUGAUGCGAGGAAAUCUCUCAUUUCUUCAACAAAGGUAGACUCAAUGACAAACAGCUCCUCAAACGAAUUUGGAGAAUCUGCAAGUAUCCGACAUGACUCAAAGCCACCACUUCAUUCUGAAAGGUCUCAACCAUCAGUCUCAGGAUCGUUAAGUAAAUAUGUUGGCAGGUUAUGUCAUCAGAAUAUUUAUUUACCUGUCACAUCCUUGCAAGAAACAUCUGGUAAUCAGAUAGAAGGCGAGGUUGAAUCUGGUAAAGAAAUUGUUGAUAAUGGUUUUCAUGUUGGGUCAAAGGUGGAAGAACUUGCAGUUUCUAGUGAAAAUGUGGAUCUCUCACAAGAUCACCAAAGACAAGAAAUAAUUGAAGAUGUAAUGCCAACAAGUUCUUCUACACAAGACAAACCUGAAGGAUCACCUGUUAGGGUAGAAGAUAGGGAACACCAAAACACCACUGUUAUCAUUAGCAAAGAGAAAACUGCUAAUGAAGAUCAAGCUGAUGAUGCACUUGAUUCUCACAGCAUAUUGAUUUUGAUGUCCAGUCAAUGCAUCACAAAGCAGAGUAUUUGUGAGCAGAGCCAUCUUUCCCGUAUAAAAUAUUAUGGGAAUUUUGAUGUGUCCUUAGGGCGUUAUUUGCAAGACAUUUUGCAGAAUCAGAAACUGAGCUGCUCUUCAUGUGGAGAGCCUCCAGAGUCUCACCUGUACUCUUACACUCAUCGGAAUGGGAAUUUGACAGUUCUAGUCAAGUAUAUGGCGCCUCAACUUCAGUUACCUGGUGGAUCCGAAGGGAAAAUUUGGAUGUGGACCAGAUGCUUAAGAUGUGAGAAUGAACACGGGGUGUCCAAAUCGACUCCAAGAGUUCUCAUAUCAUCUGAAGCACGCAAUCUCUCAUUUGGAAAAUUCCUGGAACUCAGUUUUUCAAGCCAUUCUGCAGCAAGAAGACUUUCAAUAUGUGGACAUUUGGUGAACAGGGACUGCUUACGCUUUUUUGGGCUGGGCUCAAAAGUUGCAAUGUUCCGGUACUCAUCAGUUGAAAUUUAUACAACCUGCAAACCACAAACUGCCCUCCAGUUUGACAAUCCCUGCAGGCAGGAUUGGUUUAAAGAAGAGAGGAGAUAUGUUCUUGCUAGAGGUAUAAGGCUUUUCUCUGAUGUAGCGCUCAUGCUACAACACUUAAAGGAUCGGCUCUUUGAUGUGACAACAACUGAUUGCAUUGGCUCUCCCCCUGUUAAAGAUUUUUCUGAACUUGAAGAGUUGUUGAUCAAAGAAAAGGCCUAUUUUGAGGAUUCUCUAGAGAAGACAAUUGAUCAAAAUGGGAGACUGUCUGAAUCUGUGCGUGAACUUCUUGAUAUCAAUUGGUCCUACCAGGAUCUUCUACUUGAACUUUAUGUGUGGGACCAUCGACUGGAUCAACUUUUUAAGUGUGCUUCAGCUGGACAAGGGCGUGCUGCUAAUUGCAAGGAUCCUGUUGAUACUGCUGCCAAGAAUACUGGGGUAAAUCAGGAGGCCGAAAAGAAAGCUGGCGAAUUGAUAUGUGAUAGAACUACACCAGUUUUGGGUGCAAUUGGUUUGACUGAGUGUCCAAGUAACUACUGUGACCAUCAAUCAGUUGAUAUUGCAGCACCCAUGCUUGCUGAAAAUCAGGAGGCUGACUGUGCUCAACUUACUUGCACUGGAGAUAUAGAGGUUGAGGUUUCCUCCAUUGCUCCUUGUCAACUAGAGGUAGAUAGCACAUCACAAACCAAAAAAAUUCCUUCAUUUGAAAUUUCAGAUGUCCAGGGUGAUGGGGUAGUCACAUGCCCAAUUUCUAAGGAGCAGGAGCUUUCAAACAGUCCCAAUCAUUUCAGAAAUUCCGGGGAAGGGUGGUUUUGGAAUCCUUUUCAUGAAUGCCAGCUGGAUUACAGAAAUGACAUACAAAAUGGAUUUUUGGAGAAAUUUGAACUUGUCAACCAUUAUUCUCCAUCUCAUAUCUCUUGCUUGUUUGAGCAACAUGAAGACAUGAGCUCUCCACAGUUCACUGUUGGUCCAGGAGGUAAUAUUUUAUCUGUACUGGAGGAUGAGAUAUCUAGUAUAAUAGCCCGUGCUCUUGUUAUAUCCGAGGAACGCCAUGAGACAGAGGAUUCCAGGGGAGAGCAUGCUAAAGCAAUGGAAAAAUCAUAUAGCUUUCUGUCUGAAAGUUCUCUUAACUCAUCAGCAUGGUCAUCCAUCGGAUCUUCAGAUUCUGAUGCAAGUUUUUUAUCUUUUGGUUCAUCAGUUUCAUCGGAUGACCUAUCUGGUUAUGAUAACUUGCCUUUGUUCUCUUCAGUACAUCCAGAGAUCAUUGUAAAUGGGAAAGUAGCUCUCAGAGGCAAAUAUUCAGUUACUAGCAUAUAUGCUAAACAAUUCCAUGAUCUUCGAAAGAAGUGCUGCCCAUCUGAGCUUGCAUAUAUUACUUCCUUAAGUCGCUGCAAGAAGUGGAAUGCUCAGGGUGGAAAAAGUAAAGCUUUCUUUGCAAAGACAGUGGAUGAUAGGUUCAUCAUAAAGCAAAUAAAGAAGACAGAGUUUGAGUCCUUCAUAAAAUUUGCCCCUGAUUACUUCAAGCAUGUUUACCAUUCUCUGGAUACUGGAAGCCAAACUUGCCUUGCCAAAAUAUUGGGAAUCUAUCAGGUUAAGCAAACAAGGCAUGGAAAAGAGGUAAAGAUUGAUCUGAUGGUGAUGGAAAAUCUUCUAUUUGGGCACAAUAUUUCACGGAUUUAUGAUCUUAAAGGUGCUAUUUUUUCACGACACGUCGCACACUCCAAUGACCGUGACACUGUUUACUUGGAUCAAAACUACGUUGAGGACAUGCGUGUUUCUCCAAUUUAUAUUGGUGGACGAACAAAGCAUCUUUUGCAACGUGCAAUCUGGAAUGACACAUCUUUUCUAACUUCAGUUAACGUUAUGGACUAUUCCCUGCUUGUGGGAGUGGACAAACAAAAGAACGAGCUUGUUUUUGGUAUCAUCGAUUAUCUGAGGCAGUACACUUGGGACAAGCAGCUGGAAACAUGGGUGAAGACUUCUCUGGUAGUACCAAAAAAUGUUUCGCCAACUGUAGUCUCUCCCAAGGAGUACAAGAAAAGGUUUCGGAAGUUCAUGGCCAAGUACUUCCUCACAGUUCCAGAUACUUGGGGUCCUGAAAAUUCUUCAGGACCAAGCAAAUCAUUUGGCCAUAACAAUAACAUGUUGGUAGAAGUCCAUAGUGAUGACAAUCUGUUUCAGCAUCCAACUGAGACUGAGGCAGUUGAAUAACUCUGUAUAUGACUUCUCUGACAGUUUUGUUGGAUCCUAUCCAGUUGUUAUUUGGAAAUUAAUUUUGUUUUGUAAAAUGGUGUACAUAGGAGGGCCUCACCAUUGAUCUCCCCCAGAAGUUUGCAGUUUUUAGGCAAGUCGCUAGGGGCAAGUGAGGCCUACAGUACAUGUAUCUAUACCAAUAUUCAUUGUUAAUUUCACAAUUAUUAUAGUGAAAUUACAAAAUUGAUGAUUAUUUUAGACCUGCGAAGGGGAAGCACUUUACAUGAACUAGUUUGUAACUUCUGACAUUACUAACUUCAUAGAUACACAUGUUUAUAUAUAUCAAAGUUUCUGGGUUGUAUUUGUAAUUUUAUAUUUUUUUUCCGUCUGUAUACCUCUUCAGUUACUGGCAUGAAAAACAUAAGAAUCCGAUUGAA